AUGCGGCAUCCGGCGUCAUCGUGGGAUCACGGAUAUGAUCUCGCCGCCCGUCAACUUCAGGAGAAGUGUCAGGAGAUGCGUACCCACCUGUACUCUACCUUCGUGGACCUGACGAAAGCCUUCGACACGGUGAAUCGUGAAGGACUGUGGAAGAUUAUGCAGAAAUUUGGCUGUCCGGCGCAAUUCACUCAGAUGGUGCGUCAGCUGCACGACGGUAUGAUGGCGCGAGUCACGGACAACGCAGCUGUCUCAGAGGCAUUCGCAGUGACCACCGGAGUGAAGCAGGGAUGCGUACUGGCGCCAACCCUCUUCAUUUUUAUAUUCUCUGUCAUGCUGAUAGAAGCAUUCCGCGACGAACGCCCCCGGAUCCGCAUCGCCUAUAGAACGGACGGUCAUCUCCUGAAUCACCGGCGCAUGAACCUCCAAUCGCGCGUAUCCACAACCACCGUGCAUGAACUCCUCUUCGCCGACGACUGCGCCCUGAACACCACCUCGGAAGAGGAAAUGCAACGCAGCAUGGACCUAUUCUCAGCCGCCUGCGAGAACUUCGGUCUGGUCAGUAACACGCAGAUGCAUCAACCGCCACCCAACUCAGCCACAGCCCCCAAUGCGCCGCCGCAAAUCAGUGUGAACGGAACCAAACAGCAAGUGGUGGAGAACUUCCCGUACCUGGGCAGUACCCGCUCCUGCAACACCAAGAUCGAUGACGAAGUCGCCAACAGGAUCUCGAAAGCCAGUCAAGCCUUCGGUUUCCUCCAAAGCACAGUUUGGAAUCGCCACGGUCUUCAACUGAGCACGAAGCUAAAGAUGUACAAGGCCGUCAUCCUGCCGACGCUACUGUAUGGAGAGGAGACUUGGAUGGUGUACGUAAAGCAGGCACGCCGACUGAAUCACUUCCACGUCAGUUGUCUUCGUCGCAGCCUGACGCUGAAGUAG